AUGCCCUUCAUUGACGCAACCAACACCGAGAUUGGGCAGUCGCUGCCGCCAUACGGCCCCCACACCAUCACCACCCACUUCCCAGGCUACAAGACACUGGUCGCCCUCCGUGAGGGUGACAUGAGCGUGCUGGCCCGCGUCAAGUCCAUCUACCCGCGUUUCACCCCCUUUGGGCUUGCUGGCCAGCUCGUCGGUGCCAUUGGCAAGCAGAUCGGCCUCCCAGAAGGCUUCACCAGUGUCGCCUACUUCUCGCCAGAGACAUGGCAGCAAGAGGAGUACCACGCCACCUCGCACCACCGCAAGGAGCUGCGCCUGUCCCCCGAGGACUUCAAAUAUCACGUCGUCGAGAUUGACGGCAUCCGCCUCUAUGUCGUCUCGUGCCACAUGACGAAGCUCGCAGGUGCCAAGUUCGUGUGGACGCACCGUGGCCUUGGCUUCAGCACCCGCCUAGCAGAGGCUCUCCUGCCCAAGGUCGGUUCUUUGAAGAACAUCGGCGAGUUCCCCGGGCCAGCGGCGGAUGGCGUUCCUCCGCCAACAUAUUUGCCCGAGGGAGCCAGCCACAAGCUGCUGCGGGAGCGUGUCGCUGGCUACCUCAACCGCGCGACGAUCCAAGACUACCCGACGCCUGUCACGCCGGACGAUAUCACGCUCUACCAGACAGGCAUGGCGGCCAUUGUGCGCAUCCACGAGGCCAUUGUCAAGAUCCGUCCUGGCACCGUGGCCGUUUUUGGCUCCAUCUUCCACAGCACAUGGCACUUCCUCGAGGAGAACUCGCACGGCUUCAAGCACUACGGCAAAUCGAGCGACGCCGACCUGGACGCCUUUGAGGCCUAUCUCGAGGGCGGCGGCUCCUGCAGCUACGUCUUCACCGAAUUCCCCAGCAAUCCGAUUCUCGUCAGUCUGAACCUCGCCCGCCUACGCAAGCUUGCCGACCGCUACGGCUUCUAUGUGGUUGCGGACGAUACCGUGGCCGGGUUCGCCAGCACGGAUCUGCUCUCCGUCGCCGACGUGGUCAUGUCCUCCUUGACAAAGGCGUUUUCUGGGUACUCGGACGUCAUGGCCGGAUCUAUCGCGCUGAACCCAAACAUCAACAACAAUGGCUCGUACACGACCCUAAAGGCCACCGUCGACUCGCAGUUCCACAACGAGUUCUUCGUCGCGGACGCGGACCAGCUCCUCUCGAACAGCGAGGACUACCUCGAGCGGACCGUCGUCCUGAACCGCAACGCGGCCGCCAUGGCGGGCUUCUUCCACGCCAAGAUGCAAGACCCGAAAUACCCGAUAAGCAAGGUCUUCUACCCGCCCUACUCCCCGGGCUCCGAGCACCUCAAGGCCUUCCUGCGCAAGCCGACCCCGGAGCUGCCCGAGCCGGGCUACGGCCCUCUGCUCAGCGUCGAGUUUGAGACGAUGGACCAGACAAUCGCGUUCUACGACAACCUCGCGUUCCACCAGGGGCCACACCUGGGCGCGCACCUGACGCUGUGCAUCACCUUCAACGCGCUCGUGUUCGGCAAAGACCCCAAGGAGGCGGCGUACCACGCCGGCUACGGGUCGAGGCAGGAGCAGGUCCGGAUCUCGGCCGGGCUCGAGGAGAACACCGAGGACCUGCUGCGGGUCUGCCAGGCCGCGCUGGACAAGAUGGUCGACGUUGCCGGCAGUGCGAAGAGGCAGGAGGUGGAGGGCAAGGUGGACGGGGAGGUGCUCAAGGAGGAGAUUGAGCGCGCGGUGGAGAAUGACGGGCAGGUAAAGACUGGGCUGGAACUUGCUUGA